GCGGAUUCAUUCAGUUGCAUCUGUCAAUGUUGUUAUUCCUCAGUUAAGCGGUGCUGUGCUGUGUUGUGUUGUGUUGUGCCUUCAGGAUGUUUGGCUCGUGGCUCCGGGUCAGCGCCUGUGCUGUUUCCCUGGUGCUCCUCCUGGGCUCUCAUGCCGCCCAACAGAAGAGGAAUGUGCUUCUGAUCGUUGCGGAUGACGCCGGCUUCGAGACAGAGGUGUACAACAACAGCGCAGUGAGGACGCCGAGCCUAAGCCAGCUCGCCUCCCGCAGCGUGAUAUUCCGCAAUGCCUUCACCUCCGUCAGCAGCUGCUCCCCAAGCCGGUCCACCAUCCUAACUGGACUCCCACAGCACCAGAAUGGGAUGUACGGACUACACCAGGGAACCCACCACUUCAACUCCUUCGACAACGUCCGCAGUUUACCGCAGCUGCUCAGCCAAGCUCACAUCAGGACAGGUAUAAUCGGGAAGAAGCACGUGGGGCCGGCCUGGGUUUACCCGUUUGACUAUGCCCAGACCGAGGAGAACCACUCCAUCCUGCAGGUCGGGAGGAACAUCACGAAAAUCAGACAGCUGGUGCGGGACUUCCUACACAGCUCCGAUCCCAGUCCCUUCUUCCUCUACGUAGCUUUCCACGAUCCCCAUCGCUGUGGUCACUCCCAUCCCCAGUACGGACCAUUCUGCGAGAAAUUUGGGAACGGGGAGAGUGGGAUGGGCUGGAUCCCGGACUGGAAACCACAGCAUUACACCCCGGAACAAGUCAAGGUCCUGCACUUUGUUCCUGACACACCGGCCGCCCGCGCUGACCUGGCCGCUCAGUAUACGACAAUCAGCCGCCUGGACCAAGGGAUCGGGCUGGUGCUGAAGGAGCUGCGGGAGGCCGGGCACCAGGAUGACACGCUGGUCAUUUACAGCUCCGACAACGGCGUCCCCUUCCCCAACGGCAGAACCAAUCUGUACCGGAGCGGAGUGGCCGAGCCUCUGCUCGUCUCGUCCCCCGAGCAUCGCCAGCGCUGGGGGCAGGUCAGCGCCUCCUACACCAGCCUGCUCGACAUAACCCCGACGAUCCUGGACUGGUUCUCCAUCCCUUACCCGGCUUACUCCAUAUUCGGGAAGGGCACCGACGUGCAGCUGACGGGAAAAUCCCUGCUCCCGGCUCUGGUGUCGGAGCAGCCGUGGGCGACGGCCUUUGGGAGCCAGAGUCACCACGAGGUCACCAUGUACUACCCGAUGCGAGCGGUGCACAGCGGCCAAUACCGGCUCCUCCACAACAUCAACUACAAGAUGCCCUUCCCCAUCGACCAGGACUUUUACCUGUCGCCCACCUUCCAGGACCUGCUGAACAGGACCGAGUCGGGGAGACCCACCCACUGGUACAAGUCGCUGGCUGGCUAUUAUUACCGGCAGCGCUGGGAGCUCUUCGACCUCGACACCGACCCCACCGAGAUCCACAACCUGGCCGAGGACCCCCAGUACCAGGACACUCUGGCCCAGUUGAAGGGGCAGCUGAGCAAAUGGCAGUGGCUGACCUCGGAUCCCUGGGUUUGCGCCCCGGACGGUGUGUUGGAAGACCAGGGGGAUUACAAACACGACCCUCAGUGUCGGCCGCUGCACAAUGACCUCUGAGCUGGGGUAUUGCCACCCGCGGGCGGGAGGGGAGGGAUGGGGGGGGGGGGAGAAGGAGAGAUUGUAAAAUAUGUUUCUAAAAGUGUCACAAAGGCGGCUGGCGCCUUCAAGAAGUUCGACCUUCGCCCGUGCACCUCACGGUCGGAGGCGCCGUCCUUCGGAUGAGACCUGUUCGUACCUGUUUCAGGCCGAGCGUUAAAAGAUGCCGCGAGAAUAUUGGAAACGAGAAGGGAAGAUUCUCCCAGUGUGCUGACCGAGAAUCCGGGGGGGGCGGG